AUGUGGGGAAAUAGUCCUCCAUUAGAUUUUCAACAAGAAUUUUACAGUUUAAAUGAACAAAAAGAUCAUUCUGAGUCUUUAGAAUUUUUAACUGUUGGCGCUAUAGAUGCAAGACACAUAAUAAAAACCUUAGCAUCAUCUUACCUUCAUCCGAAUCGAGUGAUCAACUUUCAUGCGAUUGAAGCAAGUUUAGAGCACGUUGCGAGAUCUAUUUUGUUGCUUAAUAUCUGUUUACAAAAGGACUUAGGUUUACAAGAAGCAAGUCGUUAUUAUUUAGAAAUAUUAGGAAACACUCUGCUGACGCCGGGAACCGCUAAAUAUUUAACACAAAUUAUUAAUCGAUUAACUGAUGUUACUACUCAAACGAUUCCUUGUCCAUGGUUGAAUCUUGAAUCAUUAAAGUACAAAGAUAGAGACUUAGUUGACGGGAUUUUCAAAUUUUGGAUGCGUGCUGUUUGUGAAGGAGUUCCUCUCGUUGAAUACUGGGAUCGAAGAGUAAGAAAAGCUCUAGGAACUCGGUAUGAUUAUAGGGACGGUGUUUUUGAUUGGGAUUUUCAUAUGGUUUUGCACUCAAGAAAUCUUCCACAUCUAACUCUCCAUGAAUAUAAGUUUUGGAGAAAUAAUGGAGUAGCAUUCACAUGGUUAGAAGCAGAACCUGCACGAAGUAAUCCAACAUUAAUAAGUAAUAUAAUUGCUCAUGGGAAGGGAUUUGUUCAUUAUGCUUAUCUUGGUGAUAUAACAAACGGUCCUUUUUUAACUUGGGCUAUUGAUGAAGCUGAAGAAAAAUCGAAGCUAAGAGCAACUGAUAAAGCUGAAAAACAAAUCAUUAAAUCGAUUUAUCAGAUUAAAACGAAUUCAUCAUGUCCUGAAGAAAUUGUAGCUGCUCAUAGAGAUCCGUCUGUUUUGGAUGGAGUUUUAGUCACAGAAAUGCCAGAUGUUGGAAUUGAACAAGAAGCUUGGGUUUUAGAGAAACAAAAUAAAAGAUCUAAAGAUUCCAAUUUUUGGAUUGAUGCUCCUAAUUUUAAGGUAAACUUUCAUACAGCUUCUAGCUGUGUGAGAUACAAAAACAGGAAUGAAUGGAAGGAAUCUAUCAAUGUUAUUUUUAUAGCACAUAAUUUAAUCAAUCACAUACAAAAUAUAGUUCCUUUGUUGAAAAAAGACGGUAUGUUAAUAGUAGAAACACAAAAAUAUCUUGUUGAAGCUAGAAAAGAACAUCAGAAUAAGUUUACUGAGGAAUUAAAACAAAUUGCAUCUGAUUCAAAUUUAAAAUUAAUCGAACCUUUCAAUCCUCAUCAAGAUAACUUUGCUCGAUUUUAUAAAGAGGAUACGAACCAUAAUUAACAAAAUAAAAGUAAAGAAU